AUGGAUCUAGAGGAUCUUCCACCCUUCAGCCGCUUGCCCUCUGAGCUGGUCAGACUUAUAUUCAUACUUGUAACCAAUGACGAACCCGCGAGCCUCCAUAAUCUCAAACUAGUUAGCAGAUUAUUCUACAAUCACGCUAGUAGAGCAGCCAGGUCUAUAAUCUGCCGCGAUAUCGUCAUCAAGGUAUGCAGACAUUAUGCCUUGACAAAACCAACCGAGAAGAUCGUGGAAGAGCUUAACCAGACAAGAGGUUUCCGCUAUGCCCGUCGGCUUAUAAUUGAAGAAAGCCCUAACGCUUGCGAGGUGGAUGCCCCUUGCAAGGCGCAUCUUAAUUGGCAUCCGCCUGAGCUUACUGAACUGAGACGCAUGGAUCUGGAUGAGCCAUAUGAGCCUACGUGUGCUGCAGCUUUGCAGGAGACACCAUUGUGCCCGAAUACUCGCGAUGGGGACGUCAAAAUAGGCAACAGACGAAACCAUGUAUGGAAGCCCGUGGCAGAGUUGAUUAGAUACCUGCCUGCUCUGACAGAUCUGUUCUUCAGAUGCGGCGGCCAGUUUCCUGUCUGUCUUCUUGAUGCCAUGCAUCGCUGGGCACCCAGAUCAAAGUUACAUCUCCAGACAUUCUCCUUGCAGGGUAUGGAUUCCCUUACAGAAGACUCCCAAGAGCACAAGUUGGUAUUCUCGCCACGCCUGCAUAGUAUUAUGCUACAGUACAAUGAAAAAGCCGUGUGUAGUUAUGACAACACUCCUUGCUACAAAAUGAAGACUAUACAACGUCUGGUAAAGUCAGUCCCAAACUUGAAGGAAUUACAAAUCACCCGUCGCGAGGCUCCCAAGAAAUUCACCUGUGUUCCUAUACUUAGUCCUCUACAAAGGCCCAAGCCGGAAGAGGAAGAUACCUCCCUGCCCCCUGCAUCGCUAAAACUCUUGAGAAUCAUUGACCAGGUCCCGUUAACAGCUAUGACCCUCGUUGACUGGGGAAGGCACACCAACUUCUCCGAGCUAGAAACCCUUGAGCUGUGUUCACUGGCCGAACCGACGGCCUUAAUUGUCUGGUCCCAGCAGCUCAAGUUCCCAAAGCUAAAAGCCUUGUAUUUACAGCUCAAAGCCCCUGCUUUCCUCGAGGAGGACGCACCUACCACCGAGUUCUACGAGGCGACAACUCGUUUUAUAACAAGUCUCUCGGGAUUGAAGGAAUUGUACUUAGAGGGUUGGCACUCGCUGGUGUCUUUGGAUCCGCUUGUUAAUCAACACGGCUGUUGCUUGCGAAAGCUAGACCUCUCAGGUCCCCAGGCCUGGCAAUGUUUAACUGAACGCGACAUCCUCCAACUGGGCAAACAUUGCCCACUCCUGGAAAACCUGGAUAUCAUGAUCCCCCGCUCAGAGGGCGACGCCAGAGAAGUUGUCCUGUAUAGGGCUAUAGGAACCAUACCACGUCUACAAUACCUACACUUACACCUGGACGUAUCUGAUUCAUCCCUCAGUGGAAGCCAAGAUAACGUGGAAACAGAUAUCGAUCAACAAAUCCGUCGCAAUUUCAACCCAGUCCGGAACACAAACUUCAAACCGCCCAGCGAGCCAUCAUUCGACAAAUUCGGUAAUACGUUUUCUAUCAAGGACCUAGGGGGCUUCUACCGAAGCCGCAACGGACACGUCCUACGAUUAUUCAGGAACAGCGCCAUAGAUUCUCGCCUCGCAUGCUCGAUCUUCAAAACUAUAUCCGGAAACAAGGCCACCGGCUCAUCACAACUGGAACGAAUGAGCAUUCGACUCCAGUGUAGUGCGUUUGAAACGGGUACCUUGUUCAGUCACUUGGCUCAUAUUUUCCCUUGCGCAUGGCUGGUCGAGCGGAAUUCACACGAUGAUCGUCGCGAUGAAGUGUUGGCUACACAGGUAGCUUCGUGUCCUUAUGAGAAGACUUAUUUCCAGUCGAAGUUUCCGGGGUUUGUAGAACCGUGUAAGGAGGCUUUUAGAAGUGUUUGGCCGAAGCCGGUUGGGAUGGAAGCGGAAGGUACCUGGUGGGAGGAUUGGUCUAGCUUCCCUCUUGAGACUGAAGGUUUGCUGGGUUGA